AUGGACAACUCCUUUUUGGAAGAAGUGGCUGCCUCACUCGUGAGAGAAUUUCUCAGUAGAAAGGGUUUGAAGCAAACCAUCACUAUCAUGGACCAAGAGCUUCCACAUUCUGCACUGAGCAUCAACAACAGGUGUGAACUUCGCAGUGUCCUACAUCUGCACUCCCUGUACGAACAGAACAAGGCAAAGGAGAACCCCUUGAAAACACUUCUUGAAAUUAUUACCGAUUACUUCCUUGAGCACCAUGGGACUUCCAGUUCAAGUUUUACUUUGUCAGCUCCUCAAAGUAAGAGCUCAACAUCUCAUACAGCUGAAGAUGAUGUACCUAGGAGUGCUGUUAUGCUCAAUGAAAGUGAAACUCAAGACAGGUUUCUCCUCCAGAAAUAUGCGCCAACAACCCCCUCUAACACCAAAGAACAACGGCCAGCAGGGCUCACCUCCCUCUACCGACCCCUAACACAAUGGCGGCGCCCCCUGCAGAUGCCUGGAGCUUGCUACGGCAGAGAGGCGAGAGCAAAGCGAGUGGUGGCGGCCACCGAAAUAAAUGUGGAGUUCCUAUCAAAGACCCUGUCAAGCUUGCAUACCAGUUCAGCCUCUGAAAAAUUGAGAAGCAUCCCCAAAGACACAGAUGACUCUGUGGCCAAACUGCUGUCUGAAAGAGAGAGAACCAAAAGAGAGGAAAGAAAAUCAAUUUCAAGCUUUUGUAGAGUCAGCAAUAUAAAAAUCUUUAAAAUGAGUUCCCUUCACAGGUAUUCAUGGUCUGGAAGAGAGAAGAGAGAAAGCUUCCCCAAGGAAACUGAUAGUUGCUGGGCAAGAAAAAGGAAUCCUCCAGCAUCCAUUUGUUAUAAAGAAGCCCAGAUGAAAGAUGACCUAGAAUUAGUUGAUGUUGAGGAUGAAGAAACAACUGUAGAAUUUAGCAAGAACCUGAAUCUUCCAACACCGCGUAUACUUCGAGCACCAUCAGAGGAAAUUGAUAUUUCUCUUGCUAAAGUAAGACUAACAAUGAUUGAAUUAAAAAGUAUUUUGUUUGGCUCUAGUCUUUGCUGCUUCAAUGAAGAAUGGAAAAUGCAGAGUUUUACGUUUAGUAAUGCACCACAGUUAAAAUAUGGCAUUGUGCAGAAAAAGGGUGGCCCAGGUGGAGUACUGGCUGCAGUUCAAGCUUGUGUCCUACAACAGCUUCUCUUUGCAGACAGUAACAGCAAUAAAGACCCUUGCUGUCUUCAGCCUUCGGAAGCGCACAGAACCAAAUGCCUUGCCAUGGCCAUCGCAGGCAUUCUGUGGAGGGCAGGAGGCAAUGAAAAAGCAGUUGUGGCACUGUCUUCAAGAAACCAGCAGUUUAUUCCUGUAGGAAAAUACAGGGCAGAUGGAAUCUUAGAAACUCUAUUACUAUACAAUGUCACAAGAUAUGAAGAUUUGACUGAAUUUCUUCAGCAGAACAUUCACCAGUUUGAAACUGGUCCGUGUGGAUGCAUCCUUCUGACCGUGUCUGUCAUCUUAUCAAGGUCUAUCAAACUGGUGCGCGAUGAUUUCGAUGUGCCUACAAACUGACUGAUUGGCAGAUACAACUACUGUACUCAGGAAUUGGUGAACUUACUUCUGACUGGCAAAGCUGUGUCCAAUGUUUUCAACGAUGUGAGAGAGCUGGACUCUGGAAACAGCAAUAUCACAAUAUUGAAAGGUAUCACAAGCUGCAGUGAUAUUGGUUUCCUGUGUAUCUUCGAGCACUAUGGUAUUUGUCAGGUUGGAUGUUACUUGAAGUCCCCUAAAUACCCAAUUUGGUUAGUGUACAGUGAAAGCCAAUUCAGCAUGCUUUUUUCUUUGGAGAAGGAUUUAACAGAUUUCCAGAAAAGAAAGCAGAGAUUUGAUCUUUAUUAUUAUGAUGGCUUGGACAACCAGGAAGAAGAAAUAUGGUUAACAGUUGACACGACUCAGGAGUGGACUGAAGAUAAAGAAAAUAUUUUUACCCCACCGCUUGAGCUCUGCAUUAGAACAAAGUGGCAAGGAGCUGUUAUUGACUGGAAUGGCACUGAACCAAUCUUGUGA